GGUGGCCCGGUAAACCUCGGAGCCAUGGGCGGAGGCCUAGGCUGCCACGGAGGCCAGGGCUGCCCAGGCGGGCCGGGGCCCUGCGGGUCCCCGUCCUGCGGCGGCGGCGGCCCCGGCAGCGUCCACGGCUCAGAGCCGCAGAGCGACCGCGGCGGCCCCGGAUGCCCCGCCGGUCCCUGCGGCCCCGGGAGCAACGGCGGAGGCGGCAGCAACGGCGGAGGAUCGCCCACGAGCGUCGCCGGCGGCUGCUUCAUGUGCGGCGGCAUGCCGCCUGGCGCCAUCCCGGUGCCCGCAGGAGCCAUCCCGAACCUUCCCGCCGGGAUGCAGGCCAUUCAGCUCCCCGCGGGGGCCAUCCCGGCGGGAGCCAUUCCAGCAGGGGCCAUCCCGAUGCCGAUCCAAGGCAUGCAAGGCAUGCAGGGCAUGAACCUGCCCCCGGGUGCCGUCAUCAUGGGGGGCCAGGGCCAGGGCGGCCAGUUCACCAUGAUACCCGUGCCCAUGACCAUGGCACCGCAAGACGGCGCGGGCGGCUGCGACGGCCAAGGAGGCUGCGAGGGCGGCUGCGCUGGCAUGGCUCAGGGGCCGUGUGGCGGCCCUGGGAGCUGCAAGGGCGGCAACGGCGGGGGCGGCGGCUGCUGCGCGGACCCUGGUGCCCUUGCCGCUGGGUGCUACGGCGGCGGGCGGGACGGCUUCCCUGGCGGCAAGGACUCCUUCGACGGGCGGUCCAGCUACGCGCCUGGCAAGGGCGACGCUGGUGGCAAGGGAGACUUCGGUGGUGGCAGAGAGGGCUACCACCACGGCGGCAAGGGGGAUUUCGGAGGCAAGGACGGCUUCGGCGGCAAGGACAACUUCCAGGGCGGCAAGGGCCCCUACAAGGGCGGACCAGGCGGACCCUGCGGCGGGUGCGGCGGCUGCGGCGGAGGCGAGUGCGGCGGCGGGGGCUGCGGGGGCUGCGGCGCAGGCUUCGGCGCCGGGUGCGGCGGGGGGCCCCCGCCCGCCGCGUGCGGGGGCGGCAGCCCGCAGGGCUUCGGCGGCUCGGCGGCCCCUGGCAACUGGGCGCCGGGCGGCGGCGGGGGCCCUGGCGCGGGCGGGCAGAACGGCUUCAGCAUGGGUCCCUCGGGCAAGUUCCAGCAGCCAGGCGGAGGCCCGAGUGGCGGUGGUCCUGGGUGCGGCGGGGCCGCGGGCUUCACCAGCCCCAACGGCGGCCCUGGCCAGCCCUGCUUCGGUGCCGCCAGGUUCCCCGAUGACGGCUUCGGAGGCGGAAAGAGCAAGGGAGGAGGUCGCGGGCGCGGCGGAGAUGGCGCUAAGGGGCGGCGUGGCGGUCGGGGUGGGGACGACAUGGGCCGUGGUGGCGAAGGCAUGGGGCGUGGAGGCGGCCGAGAGAUGAACGGGGGUAUGUGUGGCGGAAUGGACUCCACGAUGGGCGGCGGAAUGGGCGGGCCCAUGCCUGGCGGCAUGGGCGCCAGCAUGAAUGUUAAUAUGUGUGGUGGCAUGGAUGGAAUGAGCGGCAUGGGCGGCAAUAUGUGUAGUGGCAUGGGUGGCCAGAUGGGUGGAGCACCUGCCGGGCCUCACAGUGGCAUGGGAGGCCCAAUGGGCGGAGGGGGCAUGCAGGGCGGUGACAUGGGUGGAAACUUCCCCAUGGGCAGUUGCAUGGGUGGUGGCCCGAUGCACAUGGGAGGUGGACCAAUGAACAUGGGAAGUGGCAAGGGUGGCCCUGGUGAAGGCAUGAGAGGCAACACUGGAGCUGGAGGCAUGGGUAAUCGCGGCGGCCCUGGUGACGGAAUGGGUGGUGGAAGAGGCCGCGACAACAGUGGUGGAGGCGGCGGAAGAGGUGGGAAAAAAGGUGGCGCCAACAUGGGUGGCAACAUGGGUGGCAACAUGGGAGGUACCAUGGGUGGUGGCAUGGGCGGCGGCAUGGGUGACAUGAUGGGCGGUGGUAUGGGACCCAUGGGCGGCGGCAUGGGUGGUGGCAUGGGUGGCGGUAUGGGUGACUGUAUGGGGGGCGGCAUGGGCGGCUGCACGGGAGGCGGCAUGGGUGGCUGCAUGGGCGGCGGCAUGGGUGGCUGCAUGGCCAGAGGCAUGGGUGGCGGCAUGGGCGGCGGCAUGGGUGGCGGCAUGGGCGGCAGUGGGAGCGGCGGAAUGGGCGGUGGCAUGGGUGGCGGCAUGGGCGGGAACCCGAUGGGAAGCAAGAAAGGCGGAGGCAGAGGGCAGGGAUUCGGCGAUGGCCGCAUGGACCGAGGUGCUGGUCGGCUGGGUCAUCAGCAGCAGCAGCAGCAGGCGCUGCGGCCGCCUCAGAACAAGCAGCGAAGUGUUGGCUCCAAGACCGCCGACAGCGACAACAACUGGCGCUCCGGCAGCGCGCAGGAGGCCAAGGCCAGGGUCGAGGCCAUCGCCGCGGCCACGACCACCCCCGAGGCGCGCGUGAUGGCCCAUCCGCCGCCCGCGGGCGGGCUGCCGGAGCAGGCCCCCGUGCCGCCGAUGCCCGUCCAGCCCGUGGUGCAGCCGCUGGGGCCCGGGGCGCAGCCGCCGGGGCCCGAGGCGCGACCGCCGCCCAUGCCGCAGGCUCAGCCGGGCAUGCCUGGGGCCGUGCCGCAUGCUCAGCCGGGCAUGCCAAGGCCCGUGCCUCCGGCUCAACCGGACAUGCCCGUGCCUCAGGCUCAGCCGGACAUGCCGGCGCAGCCUGAGCUUCCCGGGGAGCCCGGCGUGCCCGUGCAGUCGCUGCCUCCGGGGCGGGUUGCAUGAGCCCCUGCCCUUCAGCGCGUCCGAGCUCGCAGCCGUGCCCCCUGCCCCGUCCCCCCCUCUGCGUGGCAGGCUCGUGUGUGA